CCAGGGAAAGAGGGAGGCGGUACCGGCCUCGUUCGGCGUCCCGGAGAUGAAACAACUGCCUCGGCCCCGCUGCGGCCCUUUAAAUAGCUGCUGCUACUGCCGCUGCUUCACUCGUAGGGAAACGUCUUGAGCUCGCUGAGCAUCCUCACUGCAGUCUCCAGCUCGAUCCGCGGUGGCGGGGCAGAGCCGCGCCCGCCCACAAGCAAUCAUGUUUGACAUUAAGAAGAUUUGCUGCAUUGGUGCUGGCUAUGUUGGUGGCCCAACCUGUAGUGUGAUUGCACAGAUGUGCCCCAAUAUCAAAGUUACUGUUGUGGAUGUCAAUGAGGCCAGAAUCAAUGCCUGGAAUUCAGAUACGCUCCCCAUCUAUGAGCCAGGGUUAAAAGAAGUGGUAGAAUCCUGUCGAGGAAGAAACCUCUUCUUUUCCACCAGUAUUGAUGAUGCCAUUAGAGAAGCUGAUCUUGUAUUUAUCUCUGUUAACACUCCAACAAAGACCUAUGGGAUGGGAAAAGGCCGAGCAGCUGAUCUGAAAUACAUUGAAGCUUGUGCUAGACGAAUUGUACAAAAUUCAAAUGGCUAUAAAAUUGUCACUGAGAAAAGCACAGUUCCAGUACGUGCUGCGGAGAGCAUUCGUAGAAUAUUUGAUGCUAAUACUAAGCCUAACUUAGACUUGCAGGUGCUGUCUAACCCAGAGUUCCUUGCAGAAGGAACAGCCAUCAAGGACCUGAAGAACCCAGAUAGAGUGCUUAUCGGUGGAGAUGAUUCUCCAGAGGGACAGAAAGCUGUUCGUGCUCUUUGUGCUGUUUAUGAGCACUGGGUUCCCAAAGAAAAAAUCCUCACAACCAAUACAUGGUCAUCAGAACUUUCUAAACUGGCAGCCAAUGCUUUCCUUGCCCAAAGAAUCAGCAGCAUUAACUCAAUCAGUGCUCUGUGUGAAGCAACAGGAGCAGAUGUUGAAGAAGUAGCAAGAGCUAUUGGAACAGACCAAAGAAUUGGAAAUAAGUUUCUCAAAGCCAGUGUUGGGUUUGGAGGUAGCUGUUUUCAGAAGGAUGUCUUGAAUUUAGUGUACCUCUGUGAGGCACUGAACUUACCUGAAGUAGCCCGCUACUGGCAACAGGUAAUAGACAUGAAUGACUAUCAGAGAAGAAGAUUUGCUUCUCGCAUUAUUGACAGCUUGUUCAAUACUGUUGCUGAUAAGAAGAUAGCUAUUUUAGGGUUUGCAUUCAAAAAGGAUACUGGGGACACAAGGGAGUCAUCCAGUAUCUAUAUUAGCAAGUAUUUAAUGGACGAAGGAGCAAAGCUCCAUAUCUAUGAUCCUAAAGUACCUAAGGAACAAAUAAUCUUGGAUCUCUCACAUCUAGGUGUCUCAGAAGAUAACCAAGUGUCUCGGUUGGUCACUAUCAGUAAAGACCCCUAUGAAGCCUGUGAUGGAGCUCAUGCCCUUGUAAUUUGCACUGAAUGGGACAUGUUUAAGGAGUUGGAUUAUGAACGUAUUCAUAAGAAGAUGCUGAAGCCUGCAUUUAUCUUUGAUGGUAGGAGACUUCUAGAUGAUCUUCACAAUGAGCUACAAGUCAUUGGCUUCCAGAUUGAAACAAUCGGGAAGAAGGUGUCAGCCAAAAGAAUUCCUUUUGCACCUUCAUGUGAAAUUCCUAAAUUCAGCCUGCAGGACCCACCUGUCAAAAAGCCAAGAGUAUAAUGUUUGGUAGUUGCUGAAGGAAUUCUGUGGACCUUCUUAGUGAAAAUAAAUGUAAGCCUAAGCUUUUUUUAAGGAAAGAUAUUUUCAUAAAUGAAACCAAUUUUACACUAGAUAUGGUACUUGGUACAUGUGAAUUCAGUCUAAUUUCAAAUCUCUAUUUUUAUAGCUUUUUUCUUUUUGUUACUGAAGAUGGUACAGAUCUGUUUUUAAUAAUGAAUCAUCUUUUAAACGGAAAAGUCACUUUCAAACUGCAGAUUUCUGCUUCUAGAAGUGUUCCUAAACUGCACUUUGAAUGUUUCAAAUUAUAUGAAAACAAAAGAAACAGUAUCUUUUUACUUCAGUCUCAUCAUGGAGAGUGACCACGUAAUUCUUUACCCAGUUAAAUGCUUGCUCUUAACUGGCAUUUAAGUAAAAAGAAAAGUGUUAAAUGAAUUUGGCAGGAUUUGGGUUGAGCCUUAAAAUAGAGGUGACUGCAACAAUAAUACCCCUAUGCAGGUUGGGAUCAGUUGGCACUGAUGCAGUCUAAACCGCAUCUGUUGGGAGGCCAUGUAAUUCCACAGGUAUCUAUCAUGUAACUAAUGGCAGUGGACUGGCAGCUAUAAGCUGAUCCACUGGCAGAUCUUCACUUUUGAUUCUCUAGUUGUCUUGCCUACAUUCCAUAUGCAGCUACAUAAAUUAUUGAUGUAAAUCAGAUUCCUGGGGCGAGUCUUUCCAAUACAACCCCUCUUCAGCAGAGGAGCAUUCUGCUUGUUUGAACAUUCAGUUUAAGCAGAAUUACCUAAUCUGGUGUAAGUUCAAGCAGAAAGGAAAUACUGGCUUUGAAGCUACCUGAUGGCUUGUUUUUGUUCCUUUCUGCUUACAUACUUCAUCUGAAAGCAUCAUUCUUAAUGAAUCUGCAAAAAUUACUCUCUGCUGUUAAAUUAUGAAAAAUAAAAAUUCAGCCUCAGAAAUUAGUCAGCUUGCUACCUCAUUUAAUUAACAGGAAUGAAUACUUCCUAUGUUACCUUUUUUUUUCCCCUUAUUACUUUAUUUCUACUUGUUUUUAUUAUACUCAAUUGGCCAGUGCAAUUAAAAUCCUUAAGAUGA